UUCCCAACAUGGCGGCUGGGGUAGCUGCGGGCGUUGCAAGCAUCAGGAUUUAAGUAGCAGCAGCGGCCAACCCUUCCUUCUCUUCCCCCUCCCACGACAGAGACCCCGCACCGGCCUCGGACACGCCCCCUCCCCUCGUGUCUUCAUUCAUUCAUUCAUUCCAUCGGUUGUUCGGCUUCUGCCAGUACCCAGCCGCCAUGAGGGAAAAGGGCCGCAAGAAGAAGGGCAGGACCUGGGCAGAGGCCGCCAGGACGGUCCUAGAAAAAAAUCCUAACAGACCAAUGAGCCACAAAGAGAUUCUUCAGGUUAUCCAAAAGGAAGGGUUAAAAGAGAUUAGAAGUGGAACUUCUCCCCUUGCAUGCCUGAAUGCUAUGCUGCAUACCAACUCCCGUGGAGAUGAGGGAAUUUUCUAUAAGGUCCCUGGAAGGAUGGGGGUCUAUACCCUGAAGAAAGAUGUUCCUGAUGGACUGAAGGACUUGUCUGAAGGCUCAGAAGAAAGCAGUGAUAUACAGUCAGAUUCCCCCAUCUCAGAAAGCAGCAGUAGCAGCAGUAGUGACCAGAAUAGCAACAAGGAAGGAAGAAAAAGCAGGUGGCGAAGGAAAGUAUCAGCUAGACUUUCACAAGUGUCCUCCCCACAGCCAGGCUGCCCAUCUCCUUCUAUGCCACCAGGUAAAGUCAUCUCUUCAUCUCAGAAGCACAGCAAAAAGGCACUUAAACAAGCCUUGAAGCAAAAGCAGCGGAAGCAGCAGCAUUGCCGAGCCAGUGUGCCUGUUUCAGCUAAUCACCACCUCCUACAGCAGCAUGUGAAGGUUGCCAACCAUUCUGCUCCUGCAAAAGCCGGUAUGAGGCCAGCCGCCUGGGAAGGAAAACCAUUGGAUGGACAUUCAAGUAGCCCACAAAAUUCUACUUCCAGUUCCUCUCCCUCUGUUAAAACUGAGCCUUCCUUGCCAAUCCUUGGGAAGAAACCAUUCCAGAGAUCUGAGAGGCUCCAUGCAAGGCAGCUGAAGAGGACAAAAUGUGCUGAAAUUGAUGUAGAAACCCCAGAAUCCAUCUUAGUGAACACCAAUCUACGAGCUCUAAUCAACAAGCACACAUUCAUGGGGCUACCAGUUGAAUGUCAGCAGAAGCUGCUCCUGCUCCUGCCAGAGGUGGACAGGCAGAUUGGGAUGGAUGGCUUUAUGAAGCUUAGCAGUUCUGCCCUCAACAAUGAAUUCUUUAAUUCUGCUGCCCAAGGAUGGAAGGAGCGGCUAUCGGAAGGGGAGUUCACUCCAGAGAUGCAGCUAAGACUUCGGCAGGAACUAGAAAAGGAGAAGAAAGUGGAACUUUGGAAAGAGCGCUUCUUUGAGAGUUAUUAUGGCCAGAGUUCUGGGCUAAGCCUUGAAGAGUCCAAGCAACUGACUUCUUGUAUCCCUACUGUUCAGAAUCAAGCACAGGCUGGGAGUUUAGCAGCUCAGUUGCAGAAAUACACAGUAGUCCAUAAAGCAGCACCUGACAAAGAACAGGCCACUUCUCUUGUGGGCCCAAAGGUACAGGUUCUCCCAGCUGUAACAGCAGCUGCUAAAGGAGAGGAGAUUGAGCAGCCCAAGGCCUUUAAGCCAGAAGAGCCUGUGAAUCCUUCUGACAGCAGUGCCUCCUCCCAGUUUAGCAGCCAGAUUCCUCUGAAGCUUUUCAAGAGAGUUGAGGAGCCAGAAGGAGCGGCACCACAUCCUGCCUGCCUGGAGUCCCUGGUGAGACAAAAUCCAAGUAAACCAAAGAAUGCAGCCAUUGCUGGCACUAAACCAAGCCCAGAAGUAGAAUCUCAGGAGAAUUCUGCAAAGGAGGCUCCUGCCACUGGCGCAGAACAAAUGGACACUGGAAGCCGGGCUUUCAAGAGAAAAUCAGAGAUUCCUGAAGAGGCACUGAUGACACCCGAAAAACAGCUCCACGUGACGGAGAAGUGCCCCACCAGGCCGCCUUUUCAGGGCCCACCGCAGUGCUUUCCCAUCGCGCCCAUGCCAAAAGUCCCUCCGCUCAGGAUCCAAGUCCCCAGGAUCCAAGGAGCUCCAGCAUUACUGUCUGCUAGCCAGGUCUCUCCCAGGCCCCCCUUCCCAAUCAUCAGGAGAACGGGAGCCAGAACUUUGGCCGACAUCAAGGCCAGGGCUAGGAUGGCCAGGGCCCAGCGAGCAGCUGCUGCAGCCGAAGCAGCCACAGCAGCCUCCAUUGCUGCUACUGCUGCCUCCAUUGUGGAAGCCAUCCCAGGCCCAGGGCCAGGAGGGGGGAAAGGAGAGGACAGGAGCAGUCCACCCUCAGGGAGGCCUCAUGGAGCUACAUUGGACAUGGCAGGCUCUGGAAGCAGGACAAGUCCAAGAAGGCUUUUGCCCUCUUGCCCAACCCCUUUCUCCCCAGCAGACUCCCCAGCUCCAGAACCAGCAGCCACAAGCAGUGCUGCUAGAGCACAGCUACAGCCGGCUCCCCCAGCACAAUCCAGAACUGCAAGUCGCAGCCCAGGCAUGGAGACCACGUCAAUCUCACAACCAGCAGUAGGCAAUGUCCGCUGUGCAAACCCCAGCCUUUUGACUGUGCCUGCCACUCAGGAUGUCACAGCUUCUUUGGGCUCAACAACUGAUCUUGCUUCAGUGAUGGAAAAACUUAGAAAUAACCCUCUUGCUCUUAACCAGGUCACAAGAACACCCUGUGGCUUUGAGACUGGAGUGAACUGCAAAAGUAUAUCCAAAACAGCUUCUGCUGCCGGCACAGGUAUUUCAGAAGACAAAGCCAAUGCCUUGCUUUCUGCAUCUCUGGUGUCAGCUGUACCCUUCAAGGCACCCCCUCCCCUUUCUUCUCAGGCUGGCACUGUGCCUGUGUCCACCUUGCCGCCUCCGCCUCAUAACACGUUGUUGGUAGCCCACAGCCCUCAACUCCCCCCAGGCUCCUCAGGUUCAAGUGGAAGCACAUCUGCAGUCAAGGCCAGCUCCAGCAUUCCUGCUAAUAAUCCCCUGGUUGCUCAGCUGCUGCAAGGUAAAGAAGUCCCAAUGGAGCAGAUCCUGCCAAAGCCCCUGACAAGAGUUGAGAUUAAGAGUGUUGCACUGCCUAUGAAGGAAGGCAAAGAGAACACAAUUGAUUCCAGGCCUGGCCCUCCAAGGGAAGGGGAAAGGCAGCUGCUCAUCACCUUCCCAAGAGGUGGGAAGCCAAGACUCAGCCAUUGUGGACAGUCCCAAGAUCCUCCGCCCUUAACCUCUUUACCAGGGCAGGACUUGUGGAAACCUACAAACCUGUACAGCAGCCAGGAAACUUCAAACGAGAGUGCCCAAGAACAUAUUCUCCAGACCGUCAUGCAGAAAUUCCCCAUGCAGAGCCUCCCUCCUGCCCCCUCUCCCCCUCCACGUCUUCCCCUCCUCCCACCACACUUCCCACUAGAGAGCAGCUCCACCAGCCAAAGUUUCACACUGGGCUUCAUAGGGAGAAGGACAUUCAAGCCUGCCAUGUCUGGCCAUUACCUCCUGAAUGUUUCUACCUAUGGACGCUGCCCCGAGAACCUACGAAGAAACCUCGCCCUGCCCCCAGAGAGCCUCCUCUGCUCAGAUGGGCCCCUGAUGAAAUUUGAGGACCGGGAACGUACAUCUAGAGAUGAUAGUGACAGCAGUGGUGGCAAAGAUGAAGGAGACACAGAUGGUGACAUGACUGAAGAUGAAGCAGCCCAUCUCAAGGUUAAAGAGGAAUCUUUGACUCAUGAAGGAGGAAGAGGAAGGCAGGCAGCUUCCAAUGUAAAACUGGAGCAGACAGCAGUAAGCCACAAGGAGAGAAGCAUUCACCUAUUCCCAACAGGUCAAGACUAUGCUGAAAGCAGCCCAGCAAAAGAUUUUAUUCAGGCAGCCCAAGAACAAGUGGCCCAGGCAGUUAGAGGAGAAAUGAGACCUUGCAGUAGGGAGCUUAAGACUUGCGCUUCAGCAAAUGCUACCCCACAGCAGCCCCUGCUGCUUUCACCCUCACCCUCUCCUCAGCUCUUUGGAAGUCCUACUCCUGCACAACUUGUUGGACCAGGCUACAGUGGCACGAUUAAUGUUUCCACUUCUCCAGACAUGCAUGAAGAAACUCUCCUGACUGGACUAUCAGACCCCAGCCGCAUGGGGGAUGUCGUGUCCUUCUCUGUAACUGUAACAGCCAUCCCUGCUAGCCAGUCAGCAAAUACUGGUAGCCAUGGGCAAUCCCUCCGUAGCCAGGCUUUUGCAGAAGAUGGUGGCUUGGAGGACUUGCCCUCAAAGUGCUACUGUCGCUUGAAAGCCAUGAUUGUGUGCAAGGGCUGCGGGGCCUUCUGCCAUGAUGACUGUAUUGGCCCCUCCAAGCUCUGUGUUUCCUGCCUUGUUGUACGGUAGCAGGUUUGCUAGAUGUCAUCUCAUCUAGGGAGCAGGAGGGGCAUGCUGCUGAGUCAAGAGUCCCCACCCCAUCCCACCCCACCCCAUCCCACAUCUAUUUUGUUUCCUUGAGAAUGAAGAAAGCACUUUGGAUGAAUGGCUGAACCAGUGGGACAAGUGUGUGCACUUAAGGAAUCAUGUAAAUAUGUUGCAUUGUAUUGUCUUAAUGAUUAUUUUUUCCAGCCUCAAGAUAAAUCUAUGGAUGUGAACUUCAUGUUCAUUUUGCCUGUUGUCCUACAGUAGCAGAACUCUGGCCCAGUAAGUCCCUCUUCAGUCAAUGCCUCUGUUUCCCAUAGGCCCUGAUCAACCUCCCUCUGGCUAUCAUCAUGGCCUCCAUGUUUUUCUUUUGAAUGGAGUUGCCAAAUGUCCUAAUGAAACACAGCAGCUGAGACUUACAUAUCAGCAGCCCUAAGAACAGGAACAUCAAAAGGUGGGCAGAUAGCCUACUGCACAGUUGAAUUUGGUAGUGUUGCUGUUUACUCUAAAGAAGAAUUGAAUCACCUUGAGGAGAGGCAGAGGUGAUGUUCUUCAGAUCAUCAGGAUUUGCAAGGCAGAAUGGGGUUGGUGGGGCUGGUCAGUUUAUAGCUCUGAAUUAACCAAUGGCAGCAAUUAUGAUUUCCAUUUCCUUACACAAUGGGUGCGCUGUGGCCUUUGAAUGUCAGCCAAGAUGCAGCAGCACAAAUUCCUUUGGUCCCAGUCAUCAGAUUCUAAUUUUUCCAGAAGAAAAAUGUCUCAUUGAGGUAAAUGCUAUAGAACAGGGCAGGAGAAAUGUUUCAGAUUUUUAAAAAUCAAGCCAUAAUUUUGGGUCAGCUAGUCACUUCUGGGGUAAGCCCUGACUCUUGAAUAAUUGAAGAUUUCAAGCUGGAAAAGAUAGUGAGGGCUCAUUAUUCCUUUGUUUAUAUUCUGCAGUUGCACCCUAAAGGUAUGGAAUAUUAUAUUUAGAGGCAGAAUUGAUCCUGCUCAGAAUCACCAUAAUUUAAACAAAACUGAGUUUCUGGACAUGGCUCACUUACAGAAGGGUGGACAUUUCCUUGGAAGUAAUCUGUAGGAAAUCAUAGCAAUGUUGGAUGGAACUUAAGCAUUCAGGAUGGAGGCAAACAAAAUUAGUGCUGCUCUUUCUGACACCUUAUUAGCCAUCUCCUCUCCCUCCCCCACCCCUAUUCACUUCUAUUGCCAGAGACUCAAACUUAUUGCUUAUAAAGAGCUUUUAAGAUUAGGCAGUAAUUGGGUUCGAUGCUCCUGAUUUAUAGAACAUACAGAGCUGCCUUGUGCUCUUUGUCAGCCUUGCCAGGGUUGUGCCAAGAUAGUUCUCAAAGCAUGGCAGGAUGUCUCCUUUCACUCUUAAGACUACUAGGAAUAGCCUGAAUUACGGAGGUUUGAUGAAACCAGAAUAAUUUAUUCCAGCUUCAGAUUCUGCUUUUUGUCUGGUUGAUUUAUAAUGAGUAGGAGAUACUUAGAGGCAUCCGCAGCACUGUUCAAUGCCUCCACUGUAGUUUGGUAGCAUAACUACAACGUACAUGGUAAUUUGGGCCCCAGUCCCCAGUUAAUGUGUAGGUUUUUAGAUGAAGUGGCACUGUUUGAGUAACAGGAAAAGCUGUAAGUCAGAGAUAAAUGAAGAGAAGAACUACAGUUUAGAAGGAUUAAACUAGGUAGAGCAUUCCCCUUUGAUAGAUAAGAGCAGGAAAAGAUAGUUCAGCCAAGGCACACCCUCUCCUUGCAAGUUGAACUAUAUCAUUCCGGUUUCCAUCCUUCAUUCUGGAUAAAGGCUGAUACUGUUGUUGUGGCCUGAGACAGUUUCACCAUUAAUCUUUUGAAAAAUGUGUAUCAGCUGUAUUUUGAACAAAUGAGAGUUGCUUGGAGGCACUCCGUUACCCAUUUCAGCAAGCAUUGCCCAUUUCUAUUACUCAUCUCAUCAUGGGAAUACCACAUUGGAAUGAGUGCUGUGGGAAUUGGAUCAUUUUUCCUCAUGAUUUUAAGUCAUGAUCUGGCCUUCUGUUUUUAAUAAUGGUCUGCCAGAUACUUCCCAGCAGCCUAUUGGUAGAGUAUGGAAGUCACAUCUCUUUCCAGUUGCAUGUGCCAUAACAACUGCAACUCUUGGGUAGGCCUAUUCUCUUUCCUGAAUUUGUAUUGUCCCUUGAAGAAGGCAUCAAAGGCAGUAUCAGUAUCAUUUGUGAUACAUCUUGUAUUGGUCAACUCCGUAAGUUAGCCAUGUGUUCUUUUGCAUGUUCUAAAUCUACAGUAUUUAUACAGCACUAUCAGUGUGCAUUGUGUUUUAUAGAGUUACAUAGGUAAAAGAAUGAUCAACACCCACAGGAAACGUAUGUUUUAAUAGAGUCAACAAGUAAGAACCAGGAAGAGAGAAGAAUAUAGGUAAAUUCAAUUACACAUGACACUUCUUUACAUUAAGAAUUAAAGUAAAUAAGUUAAAGAUGGUGUGAAUUUCUAGAGCUUACACUUUUCUUUACCUACUUUAUUCAUGCAAUUCAUAAUUGUAUAAACUGUAUGAGGAUCUCCUCAUCCUUUAUCUGUUUCUUUUUCUAAGCAAGCAAGUCCAUAUUUUUAGGAUUUCACUGACAAGAGGGAAACUCUAACCUUUUGGUCCUUUAGCUCUCUAUUCAGCAUCUUUUCCUGGCAUCCAGAACAUCCAGAUGAGGGCACACCAAAUUAUCAUGGACCUAGCUUCAUUUCAGACCUCUUCCUAAUGUGAAAUUAGCUUUUUAUAAUUGAUGUACAGAUUUUGCAUUUUCAUUAAGCUAUCAACCAUGACUUCAAGAUCAUUUUUCCACUUAGGUCCUAUCAGAUGCUGUAACUCUGUUGUGGAAAGGUUUUUUUAAUUACUAUUUUUUGCUUUAUGUCUCUGGCCAUUUUUAAGCUCUACACAGCUGAAUUUUAUUUCCUAGAUUUUUUGGUGUUACCUAAAAACUUGAGCAAAUUUUCCCUGAUUAGUUCAGCCAUAACUGAUCAAGGAAACAAAUACAGAUUAUAUAAGAACAUAUAAAAAAGCACAAACCCUGGGGAAUUCCUUUAUUUACAUUCCUCAGAUUUGUUUAUACUACUCUCCACUUCCUGCUCUUUCACCAAAUACUAAUCCACUAACAAGAUCUUACUCAUGAUUAUUGACUUUGUUCAGCCCUUCAGUUUAAUAUGCAGAAGAUCUCUGCUAUCUAGAUACUGAUGCUUUUCAGCACUCCAGAAGAUUAGUGAAAUGAACUGUCCUCUGCAGAAACCAUGCUUAUUCUUCCUCAGCAGUUGUUGUUGUUAUGUGUAGUGGUACAAGCUUUCAUAAUUAACAAAGAAAAUGUUAGGUGAACUUGUCUGUUUCCUUUUCUGAUCUCUCUUUUUUUAAUGCAGUGAUGUUGCUUUUCAUAUUCUAUUAAGGAGGCUGAGUUCAAUAAUGAUAUGUCACUAACGUUUUAUUGUGACGGAUCAGCGGAAUAAUACUUAGCCCCUGCAUUCCAACCCUCUCCCAACAGUAUCCAGCCAGUUCUGACUUUUUAAUCCAAUUUCUGUUGGAGCCUUCACUCAAACAGAGCCAAACGCACUGCAGCUGAAUUAUUCAUUCCAUUGUCAUUCUAGCUUCCAAGUUGUGAAUGUUCAUUUUCUGAGAUUGCCCUCUUACCCACAUCUCAAAUUUCCACCAUACUUGAGAAUCACAUCAAAGGGGGAGUUAUACAACUAGAAUGAGUUUACUAGUUCUCAUUGAGUUUUACAGAACGCAAGUGAGGGGUCAAACCAUGAUUGUUGCCUCAUAUAUUAGAAUAAUUAAUGACAGAUUUGUCCCCUCCCUUUCACAAUGGUGCCUCAGGAUUUUUUCCCCUUUCACCUUCAGAAUUGAUCGGUAGCCAUUAACUCCUGCAGGGAAGAACAAAAUGUUUCUCUUAGGGGGCAGAAUUAUGAUAGUAGUAAUAUUCAUGUACCUGAGAAGUGAAUUCUCCAGCAUCCUUUAGCAGGGGCAUUUUACCACAAAGCUUGCAGAAGCACAUGUCAUGCUUGCAGCCCUAGGUUCAUGCAUCAUAGUUAAUUUACUUUUAAAUUAUUAACAUAAUUUAUAUACCAUCAUAAAGACUCUGAACAGUGUUCAGAAAAAUCUGACAUAAAAUCUACCUUCUAUAGUACACUGUCAUAAGAGUGGCAGUCAUUCCUUCACUAUGCAGAAAGACCAUCAAUGGCCCAAUUAAAAAGGAAGGUCUUGGGAGAUUUCCUAAACACUAAGAGUGAGAGGGCCAAGCACAUCUCCAAGGGCCGCCUAUUUGACAGGAUGGGGGCUGCCACAGAAAAGGUCUAUCUUCUUGCCCAUACCCAUCUGUCUUCAUAUGGGGUGCAAUCUUGAGGAGCUCCUUUGAUUUGAUGAACAGAGAAAAUAAUUUUGGAUAAGGAGGUCCCUGAGACAACCCAGUGAUCCCCUGGAUUAAGGGUCUCUUACUGAUAACAAAUUACAAACAGGGCUGACUAGAAGAUAGUCAAAAUUUGUAAUAGAUUAGCUGUUAAAACAAACAUCAUAAUUGCACCUAAGGCUGUGUGAAAAGCCAAGAACUAUAACUACUCUCCCGACUCCAAAGUUCUGAAGGAGUAUUGUAAUUCUUGGCCAAUGGUUUCCCAUAGUUAGAUCCAAACAUAACUGCAAUGUGAAAGGGUUUUAAGCAUCUUUCAUUGCUAAUGGUUGUUUUGCAGAAAGGGGCAUGGAAGAGCAGAUUAUAAUCACCCUCCCCUUAGUUUAGCAGAGCUUUGUCAGUUGAAUAUAGUAACGCUGACAAAAGUUUAUACUCACUCAAGCCAAGCAAUAUUCAGCUUGUGGGAGGAGAAAGCCUUCCCUUUUGGCUAAAAUAAGGGUAAAGCUGUUGCUGCGUCUACUUUUACUUUUCAUCCUCAUGCGGUUGCUAGUGCAGGAUGGAUCUGCCUAUGAUAUAACUCUCGGUCUGCCCUUUUGGCUCAACUCAUGACAAAACAAGACUGUUAAAUUUCUUUUGGCUGAAGCACCAUGUAUGUUUAGUUGCAUCCUUAUUUUGGGGCUGGCAGGGCCUGAGACACAAAAGCCCUGAGUAUUCAACAAUUAAAUGGGACAUCUGUGCCCUUGGCCUCAUUGGUUGAGGAUAAUUGAAGUAAUCAACAUUUGGAAAGCGCUGGAUUGGGUAAAUCUGGAAAGUUUUGCAUAAUCCUUUCUAAACUGAACAGGAACAUCAAUGAAUUGAAUCUUCUGGGCUAUAUCUGACAUAACAGCAUCUGAUAUCCUCUUUCUGUGAAAGCUGCUUUCCUUCCCUUCUUCCCUGUAAGCAGAUAUUUGUGGUGAUGAUUCUGGGCAUAGGAAAUACUCAAUAUUGGUAAGUAUUUUCUUAAGUAGAACUACAAAGGAAUUUAUACAUGAGUACUCAUGCAGAAGUUCAAGUAGGAAACCAAACUGAACAUUUUCUGGUCAACAGAAAGUCCAUGCAAGGCAAAUUUGCAGUGAAGUGUGCUUUUUGAAAGGGUACUUGGGUGAAGUGCAAGGAAUUUGAACAACAUUCCUAAGAGCUGAAGGCAUGGAACUCAGCUGUAAACCCUACAUGCAAGGUUAAAAUAGAAGGUGGGAACAGCCUUGAUUUUCAAAGAAGUUGAGGUGAGAUUUCUGGGUGGGUGAUUAUAAGCUUAGCAGGCGAUGCUCUCUAGCUGGCCCAUUAAAUUGCACUACAGAUGGCUGUUGGCUAUGUUACCGGUUCUUUAAUUUCAUCCUCAGAUUAUAAACCCUCAGGACAUGGAGGCAUCAUUUUUAUUAAGAUGAUUUAAUGAUGCAACUCAUGCUGGAAUUGUGGGAGUAUCAAUACAGUCAGCCCAAAUUAACACCCUGACAAACAUUUGGGUUUACAGCUCCACUUCAGAAAGGAAAGCCCAUGUGCCUAUGUAACACAAUGUACACUAUUCAUCAUUCUUUUCUGGUGUCAGGUACUGCAGGUUUUAGAAGCCAUUAAAAAUGCCCAGGCAGUUUGAAUUUUCUGUCUUUUGUAUUUUGGGUACAAACCGCAAGAUCAUUUUUCAUAUACCAUCAGUAGGCCAUUUUGCUUGCUGCAGUAUUACUUUUAUCAGACCAAUGAUGUGUGUUUAUGUUGAGCCUGGUGGAGCUGGAAUCUUUUGUAAGAAUGCAAAAAAUGAAAUUGAAGCAUUUAGCCUGUCUUUUGUGAUCAAUUAACUGUACUGUGUUUUCAGUGCUUUUUCACCGAGAAAAAUAGAAGGUAGGGCAGUAUUUUCUGCAGUGCAGGUAGGGUCCAUUACUGUGCAAGUGUGCAUCAUCUGGUACCCAGAUUUCACAGUCCAUGCUGACCUCAGCUUUGAGGUAUGGCACUGGCGAGGGGCCAGAGGGGCAGUGUGCAUGUGAGUUGCAGAGGCCUGGUGGCCACCAAGUAUCUUCAUCUCUGUCAAGGUUCGUUUUUGGAAACAGGUAUUGAAGCUGAAGUUAAAAUGGUGCAUGUGUGUUUGUGUGUGUGUAUGAGAGAGGGAGAGAGAGUUGUUUGCCUAGGUAGAAGGCAGUAUGUCUUUCUGUUAGAAUGACUGAAGAUAAGACACCUCUCUGACUUCCACAUUGUAUCCUGCAGGAAUGAAACCACACAGCCAUUUAGGUAAAUUAAGAGAUUGUGGCAGGGAGAAUACUCUUGUUUCCUUCUUUCUUCCCCCCCCCCCAUGCAAUACAUUUGAUAUGAUUGAAAAUCAAUUUAAGAGCUUAUAAGUAAUAUAUUUUAAUUAAUAUAUAUUUUAGUACCUCUAUUUCAAGGAUGAUGAAAGAUUUGUGACAUUGGUGUGUGUAUGUGUGUGUGUGCAAUUUUGUGUUUUUCCCCCCAUCAGGGACCUGGUAAGCACCCAGGUUGCAAUAAAAAUUGAAGAAGAACUGUUAAAAAAAAGGGGUGGGGGUUGCCAGGAGCUGUUUCGUUUUUAUAAGCCAAGACGUGAGUAAAGCUACCUUAGAGUGUAUUAAACUUUAAUUGUUGCCUUUAAAAAAAAUACUUAAAUUGGAAUUGAGAAUAUGUAUAGAAAAGUCAGGUUGAGACCAUUAAAAAGUCAUAUUUUUUCACAAAUAAUAUAGAAAAAUAUUUUACUUAAAAGUUUUAAGUAUUUGAAAUAAAUAUAGGUAUGUAAAUAUACUGUAUGUACUUCAUAUAUUCUUUUAUUUUACAAUUUAUUGUAAACAGAUAGAUAUUAAAACUCUUUGAACUGG